AUGAAUUAAGAGAUUUCAAAAGAAAUAUUAGCACUAUCAAUUCAUGUUGCAGCAGCAGCAUCCUCUAUUACAAUACAAACUCAAUAGAGAAUGACUUUAGUAACAAACAGUGUAUUAGAGACAGUAGGUUAAACUAUGAAGAUAUUAAAUUGUUUAAUGAUGUGCUCUUAGAAACAGUCACAUUUGGAAGCAGUGACAGAAGAACAGGAAGAUGAAUUUUAGAAGGAUUCAAAAACAAAAGAGUGUGCUGUUGAAUAGUUCAAGAAGAAUAUUUAAGCUAAUUGUUUUCAUGUUGAAGUGAUGGAAAAUUAAAAGUCAAAAGAAAAUUCUCCCAAGAAUUUGAUCUUGAAAUCAGUAAAUGGAUUGAGAGAAUAGAGCAUAUUAAAAUCUCACAAUAUUUUAUCUGAAGAAUAUCCUAAAUGCUAUGUAAAUGCAGGAGAAGAUGGCACUCCGAAGUAGAUAAGAAAACCAUCCUUGUUGUAGUAACAACUCUCCUAGAUAAAAGUUGACAAAUAGCAUGAAGAAGCAGAGAGCAAAAUUGAAAGAGAGUUAAUGAAAUUAAUAGAAUCAGUAGAUCCAGAAGAAUUAAUUCCUAAAUUGAAAUCAAUAGAAAUUUAUGAUGAAUAAAAAUAAUCCUCAAGUCAUAAAGAUGUAUUAGUAUAUUCAGAUAAACAGCAAAUAGUCAUCUAUGAAUAAGAUGAAGAACAACAACUCAUGGAUUCUCCUAAUAAAUCAGAGUGGUACGAGAGUUCUUCAGUUGAAUAUCGAGCUACUUCAUAUAAUACAAACGAAUCUUCAAAUUUGGAUCAUCAUUCCUAUAAAUGGAGAAGUAGUAGUUUUCGGGAUGAUAAUAUAAUCUAAGAUUGUGGGUUUCAAUUCUAAUCAUCAGUAUUUGAUUUUCCAUUUCCUGAAGAUUUCUGUGCCAACAGUUAAAACAUCCAUACUAAUAUAUAAAAUAUAGAAAACAAGAAUUAGCAUACUCCAAAGAAAAAGAGACUUUAUUGUAACAAUAAGAAGGUACCUCAUUGGGCAGAAAACUUAGAAAAAGUAUCGCAGCAUUAAUUUUAGUAAUAGAACUUAUCAUAGAAUUAAAUAUUUGGGAGGAUGAAAUAGAGAGUCUUAGAUAUUGCGAAGUAGUUUUCCCAAAACAGAUUCAACAGAAGAGGGAGUUCUGCUCAUUGGCAUAUAUCAAAUGAGAAAUAUGAGUAGAUGUAAAAGCAAAUGAUGAAGUUGCAAUAAAUACAAGACGAAAAUAUCGUUAAGUUGAAAUAGCAUUAAUAAGACUCAGUCAAAAAGAAUUAAGGGAUCUAUGCUAAAACAUAGUAUUUUUUAACUAGCAUAAAAAAAAAGAUUCUAAAUUCUUUUGAAAAGGAAUCUAAAUAUAAAAAAGUAUGA